AUACUAGGCGUUAUGCUCAAAUAUCUUAUAUUCCUUGCUAUAUUGAUCUCUGUCGUCCACUCUAAUGGUUAUAUGACGAUUCGCCUUAAAAGUGCAUUUCCCCUGAAUGUAACUGUCGAAGUGGCCGAGGAAGUGUAUUUUCCCACCAAUAAACGUUCAUUCAAUCUCCAACUUAAGCCCAAUAGAGUGGGAUUUGUGUCCAAUAUUCCUGUAAAGUUCGGAAGACCGGGAUUAGUGUUGGUGGAUUGCAGUCCUGUCGAAAAAUUUCAAAUCCAUCGUGUUACAUUGCGUUCGAUACGGUGGAAUACCCAUGUGAGGAGUGUGGCUUCGGACAAUAUAUUCUUGCCAUUUACGGGAUUCCGCUAUGAUAUCAAGUGUAAUAGAUAUUGGCAUGGCCUUCACUGCGACCACUUUUGCAAUGACGACUUUGCCCGUACAAUUAACAGGCGGUGCACACAAAACGGAACUCUCGGCUGCCUAGAAGGAUUCCACGGACCUAAUUGCGAACUUCCUGUUCCUGCAGAUUCCUGCAAGUGUCAAAACGGGGGAAAGUGUGUCUCAAGCCUCGAAAAUACAUGGGCUCAGAACGGCUCUCUAAUUUGUGAAUGUCGUUUGGGACAUUUUGAAGGAAAACACUGUGAGAAGAAAUCGUUCAACUACUUUCCAAAGAUCGAAGCAACUACGUAUGCCACGAAGGAUUCUCAUUUGGCACGCCAGUUUUAUAACAACAGUCGGGUGCCGAAUGAGUUGGCCACGCUUCCUCGAUUGUGAAUCCUAAUAUUGAGCUUAAUGAAAAUAAAAUGAUUUU